AUGUCCAAAAAAAGCCAGAAACACGCCGAGCGGCAAAUCUUGGAGAUCGUCAACGCCCGCGGCAACAGCAAUAAGUGUGGAGAGUGUGGCGCCGACUACCCCACGUGGGCGCUGUGGAACCUCGGCAUUUUGCUUUGUGGCCGCUGCGCCAGCGCACACCGCAAAGUGCUCAAUGUGCCGGGCCCUCGUGGCACACAGGUAUCGCAGGUCAAGUCGCUAGCGUUGGAAACUUGGAGCGAGGACCAGAUCGACAGUUUGCGCCGGGGCGGCAACCGCCGGGCGCAGCACAAAUGGAACCCGCAGAACGAGCCGUUCCCCUACGACGACGACGACAACGCGCCCAUGGAGGCGUUUUUGCGCGACAAGUACAUCCACGGGCGGUUCCGCCUGGGUGCGGCGGAAGACGCGGACGUGUACAGCCGGCACUCCGCGGGCAGUGGGCGGCUGACGCCCGCGGGCCGCUCGCGGCUGUCGUCCACAGCCGCCCGCCCGGCCGGGCCGCCCCGUGCGGGCGCCGCGUCUAUGGAGAAGCUCUCGCACCGCAAGCCCACGAGCUACGAGCAGGCGCAGUUCCGGGCACAGGCCAGCAAGAUCUCUGCGUUUGGGUACGCGGACCGGGACGCCAUAUUCGAGAGCCUUGCCUUGAGCAACGGCGACAUCGAGCACGCGUUGGACAUCUUGGACCACGACGCCAAGGUCAACCCGUCGCUGGCCGAGACGCCGCCCAGCUUGCCGAGAAGACCUGCUACGGCCCAGGCGCCGGCCGCGGAAACGCCUGCCACGUCUGCCGGCUCCGCCGCUUCCGAGUGGUGGGCAGGCCAGACGCGGCCGCUGCAGGUCACGGGCACUGCGUCUGUUGCGCCCCAAGCAGCCCAGCCCCAGAUCUACCAGUACACGGACCCAGUGACGGGCCAGGUCCUGUACGUAGACGCCAACGGGCAGCAGUACCUCGACCCGGGCAACCCGCAGCACCAACAGCUCCUUGCGCAGCAGACGAGCCCGCAACACCUCGCGCAGCAGGCCACGAAGCAGAGCAUUAUGGCGCUCUACGGCCAGCCGGACCAGUAUGCAACAAAUGUUGCCGUGGCACAGCAACAGCAGCAGCAGCAGUACGCCGUGCAGCCUCAGCUCACCCAGCAGCAGCAGUUCGCUCAACAUCCACAGCUCACUCAGCACCCGCAAUUUAACCAGCACCCGCAAUUUAACCAGCACCCGCAGUUUAGCCAGCAAUCGCAGUUUACAGGU